AUGAAUGGUCCACAGAACAUACAUGAACCUGAUCUUUCAUAUCAAGUCCAACCUGCAGUGCAAGGGAUGAAUGUUCAGAGUUCACCAUCAUAUUCCAAUGCUGCAAAUUGGAUUGUGGAUACAGGAGCAUCACACCACAUGACAUCUGAUCUUGCUAGCUUACACCAAGUUUCUUCUUUUGAAGGUUCAGAGAAAAUUAAAAUUGGCAAUGGUCAAGGUUUGCCAAUUCAGAAUACUGGUUCUGCAAGUAUUAAAACACAUUCUCAUUCUAUUAUAAUGAAAAAUGUGCUGCAUGUUCCAUCUCUUGGUGUGAAUCUAAUGUCUGUAAAGCAGCUGUGUAAAGAUAACAGAUGCUGGGUUAUCUGUGAUGACAUCAAUUUCUUUGUGCAGGACAAGGUGACAAGGGAGAUCUUGUACAAAGGAAGGAGUAGACCUCACGAGUUGUUCCAGAUUCCUGUGUCUUCAUGGACAGUUCCAAAGGCUUUUAUUGGACAGUUGAUCAAGUCUUCUCUCUGGCACCAACGGCUAGGGCAUCCUACAAAUGAAGUCAUGGCAGUUAUGUUAGCUAAGUCUCAGAUUCCAGUCUCUACGGAUAAUAAGCAUACCAUGUGCACAAAUUGUAUUCAUGGGAAGAUUACUCGCAAACCUUUUGAUAAUGAGUUAUCUAGAUGUUACAAAGGGGCUAUCUGUUACAACUUGCAGACACAGAAGUUGGUCUUAUGUAGGCAUGUUAUUCAUGAUGAGUCUGUGUUUCCUACAAAAUGUAAACCCUCUGUGAUGUUGAGUAGUCAAUCUGUACCAUUCUCGGUCAACUUUACUCCAAUUCUGGUUCCUUUCAGAGCUUCAAGUGAACAUGACAGUCCAGCACAUCCUCAGGUAUUACCUCCUAUCUCUGUGAGUGAUUGGAAUCAAUCCUCUAGUUCCAUUCCUGCUAAUACGUCUAGAACACAUUCUAUGACAACAAGACUUCAAACUGGAGCAAUUGAGAGGAGAGAUUAUACUGCUUUUUAUGCUAGCUUACCUGAAUUACAGUCAUUGGGAGUUGAUAAUGGAUCUCUGUGUUCUGAUGGAUUUUCUUUUCUGGCUGAGAGUGUUGAUUGUGAAGAACCAAAGACUUUUAAAGUCGUAGCUACAAAUUCAAAUUGGCAGCAAGCUAUGCAAGAUGAGUUUGAUGCUCUUAAAGGGCAAGGGACUUGGGUUCUUGCUCCACGAGCCUGGAAUGCUAAGUUCACAGGUGUGUUACCUUCGAUGGAAUUCACUGUUUCUCAGUCUGACACUAGCCUCUUUGUUAAGACAGAUGGUUCGAAUAUCAUCAAAGUUCAGGGUGUGAUUACUGCUCUCAGUGAAAUAUUUGAUUUAAAGGACAUGGGAAAGCUCACAUACUUCUUAGGGCUGCAUAUUUAG